ACAUAUAUUGACAUGUACCUUGUUGUUACUGCAGAUAAACACAAGCCCAUGAAUCUAAGCUCAUGGGGAUUAUUCGGAAUAAUUAUGGGAGUAGUGGCUUGGCAAGCAUGGAUGGACGAACUUUGCCCGUCUGGCGAAGCAAGGCAUCCGCACCAGUGAAGCUUGGUGCUGGCGAUGCUGCCGACUUCGCCAAAAAGAGGCUCGAUGGCAAAAGCAUGGAAAUGAACUUGAUUCCUAGAACAAUGCCGUUGGAUGCUAAUUGAAGACAGGAAAUCCCGCCAGAAUCUAACCAAAGGUGCUGUCUUAGUCACCAUCAACCACUUGCAGCCAUAUUUAAUGCAAGGGUGGCUACACAAGUUCCAUGGCCUUGGAAACUGUUGUAAAAGAUUGUUAUCUGCUGGCAGAAUCUUCCAAAAUCUUGUGCAGAGCCUAGGGAGCUCACCAAAUCUUGUACAGAUGUUGUUUUUGCCGGCUACACUUAAGUACCUCCCCAAAGAUGGCAUUUCGUAUGGCUGGGGACAUUGCAAAAAAUAUAAAAUUUCCUACUUCUU